UAAGCUAAGGCUGACUGAGUUUUGAACUUUCCUUGGGAAUUUUUUUUUAAUGCUACUUAUUUAAUAAUAAUUAUAGUAUCAUAUAAGAAACAUAAAAUAAAUAGGUAUUAAAUAUAUUAGUUAGUACUUAUUUAAAUCACUGACGUCAAAUUUUAAAUUUUAUAAACUCAAAUCUAUCUGGACACCUGGUAAAAAUCUAUUGGUCAAGAAAUGUUUUAUUACGAUGACAACGAUUUAAUAUUCACAACAUCAUGGAAAUCAUUGUCUGUUAAUUCAAAAUUUGAUGAAUCUUUAAAAAGUCUAUGGAGAGAAAAGGAAGAUGAAGGGCUAUUUAGGUACAAAUAUAAAGAAGAAAAUGUAAUCAUGUUGCCUGGAAAGUAUGGGUUUCUCGCAGUUUUGAACGUCGAUAGAGGUACCAAACGUCGUAAACCAAAUAUAUUUGCUAGUGUGUUAGAACCGUUUAACGAUGAUUUGUUCAAUUUUACAAAAGUUAAUGCUGGAGAAUAUUUAUUCAAAUUUAGUUAUGGAUCAAGUAUUUCUUCUAAUACAGAUGAUGCCUUGGCAAUCAAUACAAGUCCUUUAGGAGACUUUCAUUCUUUAAUUUUACCAAAAAUCAAUAGUAAACUACCGCAAGUUAUAGAUGAAUACAGUUUGAUUAUUGCAAUUCAAUUGUUACUCCUAAGUGAAUCUCCGGCAAUACGCGUUGGUUUCAAUAGUUUAUGUGCUUUUGCUUCAGUGAACCAUCUUCAUUUACACUUGUAUUAUUUACAAUAUAAAAUGUACCUUGAGUAUUGUGAUAUAGAACAAUUUAGUGGUCCUUGUCAUAAGAUUAUAGAUUAUCCUUCCAAAGGAUUUGUAUUUGUACUGAAAAGCAGCGACUUGUUGUCCAAUUUUGUCAAGACAGUUUAUAUCAUGAUUAAUUACCUCCAACAAAAAAAUAUUCCUCAUAAUAUUUUUAUUACUCGAGCACUAGUUAAAGAUUUAAAUGUCAACGAUUUUAAUAAUUCAAGGAAUUGUGUAAGAGUUUUUAUUUGGGCAAGAAUUUCAUCAGGAGAUAAACGUAUGGAUAAGUUUUCUCCGGCGACUUGUGAAUUGUUCGGCCACUUAGUAUUUAAAGAUAAAUCUGAGUUUUCAGAAGUCACAGAAAGCAGUGUGGCCAAAAUUCUUACAGAUGUUACAGAAUCUUCAUUUUUAUUAAUUGAAAAUGACAUAAAAAAUUUGUACUUAACAAUAUGAAUUGUUCACAGUAAAAUAAGGGAUACAUUUUCCCUUCUUACCAUGUAUGUUUACAAUUUUAUACCCAUGGCAACCACUUAAUGUAGUCAUAACUUGCAUUAUCAUUUAUCAGUAAA